UAUUUAUCAGAAGAAGUUGAACAUGAAAUGAAUGUCAAAGGUUCCUCAGGUGUUGCCACUGGGUCAGGCUUAGGCUCAGGGCCCACUUUGGAUUUGGCUCAGGAAGGCAUAACAACAGCAACCAACCUUACAGGGACAAGGGUCACUGACAGCAGGAUUAGCGUAAUUAGCACUGCCGCUUACCCUGAGGAUUCCACAAACUGCUUAUCAAGGGGCUCUGACUGGCCUUUCUGCUUAUCUCACGGUGAAGUCACGUUUUCUGUACCUAAUUUUUUUAACCACACCCAAGCAGAGGAUGUGGUAGCUGUGUUAAAUGAAUGGGGUUGGCUCCUGCGUUCAGGCUGCCACCAUGGUUUGGAAUGGUUUUUUUGCCUACUAUUGGCACCAAGAUGCCAUCAGCCCUCUGAAAAAUCUGGGAUAGCUCUGCUACCCUGCAGGACUUUCUGUGAGGUGCUGCUGGACAGCUGCUGGACAGUCCUACAGGAGAGGGGCCUGCCUGUGGCCUGCCACACCCUCCCCGAGGGACCAGAGCCCAGUCAGCCAUGCCUAACCGUUAGUAACCACAAAGAGAGUGGAAUCACCCUGUUGCAACUUCUUGGAACGUCUUCACCUGAAGACAUCAGCCGGGUUCCUGGCCCAAAUGGACAAACUGCUUACCGCUUCACAAAUGAAUCCAUCACAGGGCAGAUGGCACGUGCUCACCUUCCCACACCCUUCUACCGAGACUUCUCUAUUGUCUUUCACUUGAAGCCCACCUCUGAUAAUGCUGGGGUCCUCUUCUCCAUCACCGAUUCCAAUCAAACAAUCAUGUAUUUGGGGGUCAAGCUCUCUGCAGUGGAGGAUGGCAAAAGAAAAGUUUCUUUUUAUUACACAGAGCCCAAUUCAAAUAAAUCUCAAGAGGUGGCCAGCUUUGAGGUGGAACACAAGCCACUGGAGUGGAGUCGCUUCUCACUCGCUGUUAAUGUGGAUCAGGUGUCUUUCUAUGAGGACUGUGUAUCUGAGCCCAAGAUGGUAAAGUUUGAGCGCUCAUCUGAUGACUUGGAGCUGGAGACAAACUCUAGGAUCUAUGUUGGACAAAGUGGAGCUGAUGACCCAGACAAAUAUGAAGGCCUGAUCUCAGAGUUGAGGGUGGUUGGAAACCCACGAGCUGCAGAACAUCAUUGUAAUGAUGCUGAUACUGAUGAUGAUGAUGAUGACUAUGACGGUUCUGGAGACAAUGGAAGUGGAUUAGAAGACAGUACGGUCAUGGAUCUUGAUUUAGGUUCUGCUCUGCCCCCCCUGCCUCCACAACCUGCUUCUACAGGGAGAAAGCCUAAACUGGACACAGAUGAGGACUUGAUAGAGGCAAAACAUGAUUCAACCACACUCUCCAGCACAGGUGGAACUCAUGAGGAGAAGGGUGAUCGUGAAGAGAAAGGAAUGAGGGGUAGUAUUGGGCCUGGAUAUCCUGGCCUCAAAGGUGAUCGUGGGCUUCCAGGACCACCUGGACCACCUGGACCACCUGGACCCCCUGGACCCCAGGGUCCAGUAACAGAAUUGAUAGACACAGGGGAUAAAAAGGUGGAGAAGGUGCAGGGUCCAAUAGGCCCACAAGGUCCAGAGGGCCCACCUGGUAAAGAGGGCCGACAAGGGGAGCCAGGUGAACCAGGGCAGGAUGGAAGACCUGGCCCUGAAGGACCUCAAGGUAUUCAAGGACCACCUGGUUCAACAGGACCUAAAGGACAAAAGGGACAGAAAGGGGAAGGACAUCCAGGCCCUAGAGGCCCACCUGGGCCACCUGGACCUCCUGGACCCCCAAUUUCAGACAAGACUACAUUUAUGGAUAUGGAGGGUUCUGGAUUGUCACCGACUUUAUGUUGUCAUCCUGGUCUACCUGGGCCUCCUGGGCCUCCUGGGCCUCCAGGGCCCCCAGGAACAGACUGGGCAACUGAAACAGAAUCAGAAUCUCUUGAAACCAGCCCUACUGGUCCUCCAGGACAAAAUGGGUUGCCUGGGCGUCCUGGGCCCCCAGGUCGACCUGGAAAACCUGGCCCUCCUGGUCCUCCAGGUCAAAAGGGAGACUGUGGUGAGAUUGGCUUGACUGGGGUUAAAGAGGAAACGCAAAGCCCCUUCUCUGCUUUCUCUUAUUUCUCCAACUGGUUUCCUUCCUGGGAGACUAGUGGGGAACAGGGUCCACAGGGGUCAUCAGGGAUCUCAGGUCCGGAAGGCAUUGCAGGGCCACCUGGGCCCAUGGGACCUCAAGGACCUCCAGGACCCCCUGGACCUCCAGGACCUGCCUUCCAAAUUACUACUGAUGGGAAUAAAACAGCAGUUGAUCUUCAAUACAUUCCAGGAGUCAUGGGGCUACCAGGUCCACAGGGACCUCAGGGGAUACCUGGACUACCAGGAAAACCUGGUUUACCAGGUAUUUCAGGUCAGAAAGGUCAAGAAGGUGAAAGGGGACGAGAGGGAAUUCCAGGGUUAGAUGGCUUUCCAGGACAAAUAGGGCUAAAGGGGGAAAGAGGAUUGAAAGGUGACAAAGGUGACCCUGGUCUUGCAUUAGGGCCUCCAGGACUGCCAGGGCCACCAGGUCCUCCAGGAAAAGUGAUCUAUGUUAAUGGCAGUGAAAAUGGAGAAUUUGGAAUUCCUGGACCACAGGGGGCACCUGGUGUAGCUGGUCAGGCAGGAUUCCCUGGACCAAUGGGUCCAAAAGGUGAUCAGGGGGAACCUGGACUACCUGGAGACUCUAUCAAGGGUCAAAAGGGUGAACCUGGCCUGAUCGUAGACUCCAGUGGUACGGCCAUUUACAUGGGGGGGCUGGCUGGACAGCUGGGUGAGGCAGGACCUCCAGGACCAGAGGGGCCUGUGGGACCAGUUGGGCCACCUGGACCAAAGGGAGAAAUAGGAUUUCCAGGCAGACCAGGUCGUCCUGGUCUAAAUGGUAAAAAAGGACAGAAAGGCGAUUCAGGUGGAGGAUAUGGUUAUGGCUAUCAGGGACCUCCUGGUCCACCUGGGCCACCUGGUCCUCCAGGACCUCCAGUUUCUGUGGGACGAUAUAAUGGCUAUGAUGACGGCAACUCAAGAGUUCCCUAUGCUUUCAAAGGGGACAAGGGUGAAAGAGGAGCACCUGGCAUCCCUGGCCUGCCAGGUCUCACUACCACCUUUGACAUUUAUGCAUUUAAGAAUGAGAUGAAAGGGGAGCUUGGUUCUAAAGGACAGAAGGGAGAACCAGGAGUAGGUUACUAUGACCCUUAUCAUGGUGGAGCACAAAGUCUACCUGGAAGACCUGGACUACCGGGCCCUAGAGGAGAAUCUAUUAGUGGACCUCCAGGACCUCCGGGUCCCCCGGGGCCUCCUGGAGCCCCAGGAAUCGGUUAUGAUGGUCGCCCAGGUAGUCCUGGCCCACCAGGACCACCUGGACUCCCGGGAUCAUUGCUGCCAGGUGCACACCAACCCUCACAAACUAUCAGUAUUCCUGGGCCUCCUGGACCUCCUGGACCUCCUGGACCCCCUGGACAUUUACCUGGGGUUAUGGUUUUGAGGUCUGUUGACACCAUGGCUGCAACAACUAUCCGGUAUCCAGAAGGCACGCUAAUAUAUGUAAAAGACAACAGAGAACUGUAUAUGAGAGUACAGGAUGGCAUCAGAGAAGUCAUGCUUGGAGAAUAUACCCCAUUCCCCAAGGGUCUGGAUAACCAGAGGGAAGCAGUGGAGCCUCCACAGGUGGUUCAGUACCCUCAGGAUUACCCCACAACCUCUCCCCAACAAGCCCCUCCACAACCAGGAUCCCAAUACCCUGUGCCACAUGAUCCCAGACUCCAUCCAUCAUAUGACCCCUAUCAAAGAUGGGUUCCACACUACAGUUCUCCAACUGAUCCACGACACUCUCCAUCAGUCGACACAUAUUACCAGCACUACCCUGAUUCCAGAAAGCACAUUCCCAGCAGCCACCCGGAUCAUUCUGGCUAUCCUGACAGCAGAUACGAACGUAUACACCACCGCAGGCCUGUCAUUCAAGAGGCUAAGCUUCCAGCUCACACACACACAUCAGGCCGCGCACUGCACCUGAUCGCUCUCAACUCACCCCAGCUGGGCAACAUGCAGGGUAUUCGAGGUGUAGAUCACCAGUGCUUCUUACAGGCCCAAGCCAUUGGGCUCAAGGGAACUUUCAGGGCUUUCCUGUCAUCCCGGCUACAGGAUCUACACAGUAUUGUUCGACAGAACGACAGGGAAUCAUUACCUAUAGUCAAUCUUCAAGAUGAGGAAUUAUUCAGCAACUGGGAAUCCAUCUUUAGUGGCUCAGAGGGCAAGAUGAAUGAUAAUGUGCGCAUCUAUUCAUUUGAUGGUCGAGAUGUUCUUGAUGAUGAUGCCUGGCCAGAGAAGAUGGUAUGGCAUGGAUCAAGCACUCAUGGAAGCAGGCAGACAGACAGCUUCUGUGAAACAUGGCGAACAGGCAGUCAUGCCGUCACUGGCAUGGCUUCCUCUCUCCAAGAAGGCUACCUACUUCAGCAGUUGCCACGUGGCUGCACCAGCUCUUUUAUCGUACUGUGCAUUGAGAACAGUUACAUUUCUAAGUGAACCAAAUAGUUGCUAAACCAACUAUUUCUUUAAGUCGCACCACAAACUUAAACUUAGUGUGAUGAUUGUUUGUGAUUGAUGGUGAUACUGUAUAUGUUAAUUUACAUGUAUUUUAGGGUUUACAUUUUGACUGUUUUUUAUGUAUUAACUGCUGUGUGACAGCCAUCUGUUUCAAAACAGUAAUAUACUUGCUUUUUACACCAUAAGCCUUACAACAAACAUAUUUUGUCAUAGCGGAGAACAUACAAUGAAAUACUUGAGCAUUUAAAAUAAUUAGAUUAAGGCUAAAUUCAGGGGGGGGAAAAAAUCACUGUUUUUUUUUUUUUUUAUAUUUUUAACAAAAA